AUGGGAAAAUCAAAACUGGGCAAAGCCAAUUCCGGGGAUCUAGUGUAUGACCCCAAAUCAAAAACCUCGGUCAUUCCCAGUGUUGCCCCAAAAACCAUUCAGCCAAAACAUCAAUACCAGCGACUCAAUUACCUUUACCAACUAUCCACCAUCCUCACCGUUGAAAAACAUCCUGAAUUGGCGCGGAUCUGCGCGAAGAAUAUGGUGCAGAUAUCUCAGAAAACCGUCACCAAAAUGAAACCCAGCAUCAAGCGGAAAUUGUGCAAGAAGUGUAACAGUGUCUUGAUCCCAGGAAUCAAUUGUCAAGUGAGAUUAUUGAAUUAUGAAGCCAAGGAUAGUGGUAAUUCAAAAGGUUCUAAAAUCGAAAAGAAUGAGAAUAAUUGUCAUGGUGAGAUACUGAAGAAAAUAAAUACAAGUGUUUCUGGGAGCACAAAUGAUGAUGAGUUUAAUAAUCGUGGGAGCACCACCACGAUGGAUGAUGAUGGUGAUGAUGAUGGUGGUGGUGGUGAUGAUUCCAAACCCAAGAUUACCACUACUCAGGAAGAUAAUGGGAAUUCCCCCAAUGAGACUAUUGAGGAGAUUUCUACAGUAUUCAAACUUCCGAAGCUGGCAUGCUUGCAAAUUACCUGCCUUGGAUGCAAUACCAUUGCCAGAAGGUAUCCGGUGGGUAAAAAUAUCGAAUACAAGUUAUGGCAUGAUGAUCCUGAAUAUUGUUUGGAUGUUAAUUGA